AUGAGCUCAAUCACUACAACAAAGGGAGGAUGCCCUAAUGAUAACUAUCCGACCUCAAAAAGAUACACCGUUAUUUCCAAACUAUCUACCAGAAACCAUUAUAAAUUAAAGGAAUUACCAGAAUGGCAGAGGGAAUUUAAUAGCGGUAAAGUUAUAACAGGAUUUUUGAAGGAAACCAAUUCUUUCAAGAAAUGCCUUUGGUCAACAAUGUAUUGGCACAACUCUUCAAUAAAUAUUUCCUUAAAUGGAAUAGCUGCAACGGUAUAUUUUAUGUUACUCUUCUUUUUUACGGAUUGUUACUUAAUACCUUCUUUCCCAUCUACAACUAUGUCAGAUUACAUCGUUUUAAAUCUUUAUCUCUUAACGGCCACUCAAAAUUUUAUGGUUGGAACAAUUUUUUACAUCAUGAAAUCUCAUUCAAAACAACAAGCUUUUCUAUGGUAUAAGUUAAAUAAUAUAGGGUUGAUAAAUCAUAUUGCAUCAUCUGUGGUCACAUUAUUAUAUUACCAUUAUUUUGACUAUGUUUUUUAUUUCAAAUUCUUUACGAUCGUAACCCUUUUAUUGAUAACACUAUUUACUUGUAGUAUAAUUUCCGAUUCAUUCAACAAAAUGACAAGGAUACGAAAGAAUUUUUUAUUGUUGGCUUAUAUUAUUUUACUGACAUUGAUGCCAUCACUUUUUGCUAUAUUAAGAUUUGGUUUGGCUAAAGUUUUAGAAAGGAUUAGUUUGAAUUUGAUUAUUUUAGAAAUUUUCAUAUAUGCUUUCGGAUUGACAAUAAGGACGUCCCAACUUCCUGAAAGAUUUUUUAACAGUUUUGAUUUUUUGGGUAAUUCUGAAAAUGUCUAUCAAUUAUCGAUUAUUGUUUGUUCUUUCAUCCAUUUCAAGAUACUGAUGAAUUCGUAUUGCUUAAUGCAUUCAGGGGUUAAUCCUCCUACAUUAGUUACGUUCCAAGAUUGA